AUGGGAGUUGAACUCUCGGUGGAAAUAUUAAAAUACUGCACACUUCCUGCCUUGAAAAGUUUCCUCCGACUGUACUUUAACAGCUUCACCCACAAAGAUUUAGUUGUAAUUCAGACACUUUGUAACCGGAGUGCAAGAGUUUUUUGUUCGAGGUCAACCACUGCCAGGACUUUUAUGAAUACCGGCAAGCCACAGAAGCCAGUGCUUACAGGCCAGCGGUAUAAGACCAGGAAAAGGGAUGAAAAGGAGAAGUUUGAGCCCACGGUGUUCCGAGACACGAUCGUCCUGGGCCUCAACGAGUCUGGAGGGGACCUGGAGGCUGUAGCCAAGUUCCUGGAUUCCAACGGCUCCCGCCUGGACUACCGUCGCUAUGCCGACACGCUGUUUGACAUCCUCAUUGCAGGGAGCAUGCUCGCACCUGGUGGAACACGUAUCGACGAUGGGGACAAGACCAAGGUGACAAAACACUGUGUGUUCACUGUGGAGGAGAACCAUGCUGCUCUCCGCAGCUAUGCUCAGGUGUUUAAUAAGCUGAUCAGGAGGUAUAAAUACCUAGAGAAGGCCUUUGAGGAGGAGAUCAAAAAGUUGCUGCUCUUCCUGAAAGCGUUCUCGGAGACGGAGCAAACCAAGCUGGCCAUGCUGACCGGCAUCCUGUUGUCCAGUGGCAACCUGCCCCCGCCCAUCCUCACCAGCCUCUUCAGCGACAACCUGGUCAAGGAGGGAAUCUCCGCAUCCUUUGCUGUGAAGAUGUUCAAAGCCUGGAUGGCAGAGAAGGACGCCAACUCUGUCACCUCUGCACUCAGGAAGGCCAACCUGGACAAGAGACUGCUGGAGCUGCUCCCUCCCAAUAAGCAGACGGUGGAGCACUUCUCCAAGUACUUCAACGAGGCGGGCCUGAAGGAACUGUCUGAGUUCCUGCGUGUGCAGCAGACCCUGGGGACACGCAAGGAGCUGCAGAAGGAACUACAGGAACGCCUGUCCCAGGAGUGCCCUAUACGAGAGAUAGCAGCGUAUGUGAAGGAGGAGAUGAAGCGGAAUGAGCUCCAGGAGCAGGCUGUGAUUGGUCUGCUGUGGACCUGCCUCAUGAAUGCUGUGGAAUGGAACAAGAAAGAGGAACUGGUUGCUGAGCAGGCUCUCAAACACUUGAAGCAUUACGCACCCCUGCUGGCCAUUUUCAGCUCUCAGGGCCAGUCGGAGCUCGUUCUGCUGCUGAAGAUCCAGGACUACUGCUACGACAACAUCCACUUCAUGAAGGCCUUCUCCAAGAUUGUCGUGCUCUUCUACAAAGCGGACGUCCUGAGCGAGGAAGCCAUUCUGAAAUGGCACAAAGACGCCCACUCAGCCAAGGGCAAGAGCAUCUUCCUGGAGCAGAUGAACAAGUUUGUGGAGUGGCUUCAGAAUGCAGAGGAAGAAUCUGAGUCAGAGGGCGAGGAAGACUAGCUCUGGGGUCGUGUUGGCCUAAAUGACCUUGGCCCUUGAUGCACCUUUAGUCCCCACAAUGUUGCAUAGUGUCCAAAGUCCCAGACACCCCUCCACACACACACACACACACACACACACACACCCAAACAUAUACUGUACAUGCACACUCUCACACACACACACACACUCACAAACACACACACACACUCCAGAGGAGGAAGCCGAGGGCCUCCUGGCUCAGUGCUUACCGAGCUCUAGCCACAGGCCCGUAGAUAAGCCUUUAUGACGCCCCCUAGUGGGCACUGUCUGCCAGUGCUCCUCAGGUACAGCCGGACACACAGGCCUUUAAGGUAGAAGAUCUUGAAACUUGAUCAAACGCACUUGUGUAUGUAACUUGGCAAUGCUUUUUGUUCUCUUUUUAAUAAUAAAAAAGAUGUUUUGUAUACACCAAUGCUU